AUGUUCUCACUUCAGAAGCUCCUUGUGGCCCUGCCUCUCUUGGCCACCACGGUGCUUUCAACUGCCCAGAACGAUGGCACACAUGCUUUGUCAAAGAGGCAGACGACAGAUCGUUAUGUCUUUUGUCAUUUCAUGAUUGGCAUCGUGAGUGAUCGGCAAAGCUCUGCCGACUACGACGCCGAUAUGCAACGUGCCAAGUCGUUGGGAAUAUCCGCGUUCGCACUCAAUAUCGGCGUCGACGACUUUACGGACACUCAACUGAAUUACGCGUACGAGUCCGCCGCUAAUAACGACAUGAACGUCUUCAUAUCCUUUGACUUCAACUGGUGGUCUACCAGCCAGGGCACAGAGAUUGGUGAAGUGAUAGCUCAAUACGCUGGCAUGAACGCUCAGUUGAUGGUGGAUGACAAAGUGUUUGUGUCAUCCUUUGCCGGAGAUGGCGUAGAUGUCGCCGCGAUACGUGAUGCCGCAGGUGUGGACAUCUUCUUCGCUCCGAAUUUCUCACCAGGGCUAGCUGACUUCAGCACAAUCGAUGCGGCACUCAACUGGUUGGCGUGGCCCAACAACGGCGACAACAAGGCUCCCACUCCUGGUGCGAAUGUGACAGUUGAAGAUGGAGAUAAUAGCUACAUCGCCGCAUUGGGCUCCGUGGAUACAUACAUAGCACCGGUCUCGGCAUGGUUCAGUACCCACUUCGGCGCCGAGGUGUCAUACUCCAAGAAUUGGGUAUUCCCAAGUGAUCUUCUCUGGUACACCCGAUGGAAUGAGAUCUUGAGCCUGGGCCCUAGGUUUAUCGAGGUCAUUACUUGGAAUGAUUAUGGAGAAUCGCACUACAUCGGCCCUCUAAACUCACCGCACUACGACGAUGGAAACUCCAAGUGGACCAACGACGUGCCUCAUGACGGUUGGCUCGAUGUGGCCAAGCCCUUCAUUGAGGCGUUCCUGGACGGGGAGACUUCUGCAGACAGCUACGUGACGAGCGAUGAGAUGGUCUACUGGUACCGCCAGAACCUCAAGAGCCUCGACUGCGAUGCAACCGACACAUGCACGGCAGCGGGUGAUGUCAACAACGCCUCGGGCAACUACUUUGUGGGGAAGCCCAACGGAUAUGAAGAUGUGUCCGAUUCCGUCUUUGUCGUGGCCAUGCUCACUGAGGCUGGGACGGUGACGGUCCAGUCGGGAAGCCAAGUCCAAGAAUUCGCCGCUCCGGCGGGUAUCUCGGCGUACCAGAUCGACAUGGAGCUGGGUUCGCAGAAAUUCUUCCUGGCCAGAAAUGGCGAGACCGUUCUAAGCGGCCAGAGCCUGAAGGACAUCACAGAUGUCUGCAACUGUGGCAUCUAUAACUUCAACGCCUAUGUGGGCACGCUGCCAGAAAGCACGCCCUUGCCAGACCAGCUACAGCCUGACGGUCUCAACUCCCUCACAGUGAGCCUGUCGGUCACGACCUGCGUUGCCACACCUUCGCUCGGCACAGUGACAGUGACGCCAACCUCGACGCCUGCAGUCACUAUUGGCUCCAGUGUAGCCACAUCCAGCAGUACCACGGUAUCCCAGACGACUUCGACGGCGCAGUCUUCAAGCACCACGAGUCCGACGGUGACGAGCACAUUCACAACGGCAACUACAACCUCAUCCACCACGGCGUCAGCCACACCUUCUGGAGUCUGUAUCUCAGGGACAGGAGCUGGCAAUUAUGAGGGUCUGUGUAGUUUCUGUUGUUAUUACGGGUACUGUCCUACUGGCGUUUGUACGUGUACAGCCUAUAGCUCGACUGGCAACACGGCCCCUGCAACGACUGGUACCGACUGCAUACCAUUGAGCGAUGAGGACGACUCAUACCUCGGAUUGUGCUCGUAUGCAGGCAACCAUGGCUAUUGUCCUAAUACUGCCUGUCAGGUUUCCUCUUGA